UACACGGACAAGUUGGUCCGAGUAGAACUGCGAACCAGGACAAUGACGGGACAUCACUGGGGGUACGGAGAAGAAGACGGUCCUUCAGCGUGGCACAGAAACUAUCCAGUUGCACAGGGCAAUCGGCAGUCCCCGAUUGACAUUGUCCCUCAUCAGGCUGUCCGUGACCCCAGUUUGGGCCCCAUUCUUCUGAUCUAUGAUCGUUGUACCUCCAUUAACAUUUCCAAUAAUGGACACUCUGUAGUUGUGGAGUUCGAUGACUCUGAUGACCGCUCAGUGAUCCAGGGAGGCCCUCUUGAAAACCCCUACAGACUGAAACAGUUUCACUUCCACUGGGGUGGAAAGGGAUGUGAUGGCUCUGAGCACACUGUUGAAGGAAAUGGCUAUGCAUCGGAGCUCCAUUUAGUUCAUUGGAAUGCUGUCAAGUACAAGACAUUUGGGGAUGCAUCAACAGCUCCUGAUGGUCUCGCUGUUCUUGGUAUUUUCUUAGAGACAGGUGAUGGCCACAGACUGCUCCACAUGAUAACAGAUUCUCUAUACAUGGUGAAAUAUAAGGGCAGUCUCACAGAUUUUAAAGGUUUCAACCCUAAGUGCCUCCUACCCAGCAGCCUCCACUACUGGACCUACCUGGGCUCUCUGACCACACCUCCCUUACAUGAGAGUGUCACCUGGAUCAUUCUGAAGGAACCAAUCACUGUGUCUGAAAAACAGCUAGGAAAGUUCAGAAUGCUCCUGUUCUCUGGAGAGGAAGAAGAUCAAAGGAUGCGCAUGGAGAACAACUUCAGACCUCCACAGCCUCUCAAAGGCAGGAAAGUGCGUUCCUCCAAUUAAUAUAACUUUUUAAGACACAUGAAGUCAUAGGUUAAAAAAAAAGAAAAAAAAGAGUGAAUACAUUAAGUGGCUGGGAAUGUGCUUUUACAUUCGCUGUAGUUUGUCCUGAAGAGAGGGGAAAGUUCUCUGCUAGAAAACUUAGAUGUUUCCCUCUACUGGUCAGAGAAGUCAGUGUCAAGCUAUUUUUUUGAUGAUUUCAUGAUGCAUAAAAGGGAAUUUGUGAACCAUUGUAAUCAUAAUGGAAUAUUACGAUAAAUGAUCAAAAAAUAGAAGAUAGAUUUUUUUGUCAUUAUUCUAGUAUUAUAAACUAUAAACUGAAGAUUUGAAGGCUCGAUUUGCUCAGGCUCCAAUAGUUAUUUAAGGAAGACAUGCAUAGCCAAAGCAACAAGAUUUAACAACAGUCUUCAAUUUGUGAUAUGCAUCUGAUUAGUUCAUUGCACUGCAGGUUUAUUGCUGCUUUUCACAUUGAUACCCUUCUGCUGGCCUUACUGCUGGUGGAUUUCCAGCCCUUAAGGCAGUCAGAUUAGCGUUGCUCUUAUCUUAACUCAUUUGUUGUCCACGACAGAGGGCAUAAAUGUCUUGUCCUUUAAGCUCAAGAGAUAUUCAUCCCCUAAUUCACAACAGGGUGGGUAUUUGGUGUUAAUUUGACUUUGGCAGUCACAAUUUGAAGUAAAUUUUCAGCAAAAUCACUCUAACAGAUGCGUCCUGUAAAUUAUGCAUUCUGAGUAAGUGUAUUUUUUUCUUUUGGUUUUCCCUACUAUGCAGGAUCUAAUGAUGUAAUUCACACUUAAAUUUGCAGCUCAUUUCUGCACAGUCUCAUAUUAAUGCCCAUCAGAGACAUAGGUGCUGCACUUGGGUGAGUUAUGGCAGCUUUGUGUAAUGCUGGUCAUUGAUGUAGAUGGGCUGGUAUUUUACUAACACAGCUGCUUGACAUGGAAGAACAACGCACAAAUGAACAUUGAUAUCACAGAUAGUUUAGUUGUUGAUUUAUGAAUGUAACUUAUUGGUCUUUUGAAUAUUUUUGUAAUGCAUUUGUAUUUUUGCAAUGUUUGCUUAAUAGAAUAAAAUUCUAAUUGUU